AUGGCCGCCGAUGUUGCUUACGGGUUUUGUCCAGCGGGGUCUGAAGACGGCUUAGGAGAUUAUGACGAUGACGAUUUCGAUCUUGGGUGCGGUGGUUUCGAUAAAGACUGCAGGGUUGGAUUUUCACUUGGUGCCCCAGAAGCGGAUAUUUUACCACCGACGCCCAAUUCCAACUUCAGGGCACCUCUUCCUGAGUUGAGAAAAAGAUCUAAUAGUUUUGGCCGAAGGAAGCGUAGCCCUCGUCGUCGUGAUAAACAAGGGUCCCCAUUGGUUGUUGAUGAUUUAAGAUCAGCUGUGAUCAGAGGCAAUCUGGCUGAAGUGCAGAGUUACAUCGAUAAAGGUGUACCGGUUGAUUCCAUUUUGAAGACAGGGUGGACAGCAUUGAUGUAUGCAGCUAGUUUCGGCAGUGCUGAUAUUGUGAAAUUACUGCUGGACCGAGGAGCAGAUGCCAAUUUUCACAAAGAUAGAUUCACUGUGCUGAUGUCGGCGUGUACCUGUAACAAAGAAAACGAAGCCGCAAUACUGAGUUGCGUUAGUGAAUUAAUUCAGCAUGGUGCAAAAGUCAACUGCCAUGAUAGGUAUCACAUGACCUGCUUGAUGUAUGUGUCGAGACAAGGGUACCAGUCACUUGUGCGGUGUCUCCUUGACAAUGGCGUUGAUAUCGAUAAACAGGAUGUACGAGGAUGGACAGCAUUAACUUGGGCAGCAAGUAGAGGACAUCUGCACAUUGUAAGAACAUUACUGGAGUUCCAUGCAGACGCAAAGAAACUAGCGUGUGAUGGUCAGACGCCAGCUGAUAUAGCGUAUGCUCAAAACUAUACAGCGGUGGCUGAUUUAUUGGAAUUGGCAACCAAUCCAAGUCAGCUGGGAAGUAAAAUAAAUCAUAACUCUUCAGAAGAUGCUUCAGAAACGACCAACAUCUCAACAAUAAAAAAAUCAUCUCCAGCUGAGAAAACACACUUUGUUCGUUACGGCGAGCUGGAAUUAUUUCUUUGUGGAUUGGAGUUGGCACAUUUAGUUCCACUCUUCCAAGAACAAGAGAUUACAUUCUCUACAUUUCUACGACUGAAUGAUGCAGACCUUGAAAGAAUGGGAAUUCGUCAACUAGGAUAUCGCAAGAAAAUUUUAGAAGCAAUUCAUCAUGUCCAUGUGACUGAAUGGAAACCGACGAGUUUGACUUCAAAUAAUUUACAUUUGCAGAAGAAUAUCAGUUUUGGUGAAUGUAAUGCCAUGAUUCGUAACAUCCAUGAUCAUUGUGACUACAUUGGAAGUACAAUAUACUACAUCAGACAGCAUGUACCGUCCUCCAGACUGACCGCCAAUAACGACAAGGAUACUGGUAUUCUGACUACGUACUCGCAGCAGAUUGCAAAAACCAUCACAAAAGUUGGAGCUUUACAGAAUGAGCUUCGACUUCUUGAGGCUGAAGUGAAACGGGUGUGUAAUGAAUCUGGUAGUGACUUGCCAGUGGAUUUGAUUGUUAAUGUCCCGGAAGAUCAUUACUGGCUUUGGCGAGUCAUCCCUUGGAUUGGAAUCGGCAGCUGCACGAUCUUCGGAUACUACUGGAUAAAGCGACAUUUGUGAAAAAGAAAACUGAAAAAAGAAAUUCAAACAGAACUUUAAUUUGAACCGGG